UAAUACCGUACAACCAAUUUUAUCUGCUUUAAAAAUGCCGUCAACUUCAACCUACUUGUUUUCUGUAGCGUCCUCCAUUUCUAUAAUCUUGCUCUCUACGAUUCAAUCUUUGUCAUGUCAGCAACAAGUUCAAUUUCUAACAUUUUGGGACGGCUCGACCUGUACCGGCGAUCCAUUCGCUAAUACUUCAAUUGACGCUAUAAACAUUCCCAUUGUCGCGGAGUCGACAACAAUUUCGUACCAAGUUAACGGACUAUGGAAAGUCUUUCAGUGCCACAACAUGUCCAACUGUGAUGACGCGCCAUACAUAAUUCAUGGUACAAACGACAGCUGUGAUUCUAAACCGAUCGGAACACACAAGACCUGGAUGCAUGUCAUGCGCUAUGGUGAUAUGAAUCAAAUGGAGGAGAAGAUUACUUUCUUCGAGCGGGGCAGUUUCGAGGGGGAAGUUUUCUCUGUUAAUUCGAGUGAAAUUUUCAACGACACUGGUCGACAGGUCGGGUCCUACUUCUUCACUGGGCCAAACUCCUGGGGGCACAAGAGUUCAGAAAAUGACGUCAAUGGGGAGUGUCUAAAUGCCACGGAGGAAGUAAUCCAGCGUGGGUGGGGCUUUACGUACAGUUUGGCUGCUGAUGUUCAAGUGGGAUGGGUGCGAUAUGGGUGCAAUGAUUGUGAGCCAACUACGACAACUACGACAACUACACCAACCACGACAAAUAUACGAACUACGAUAACUACACCAACUAGAACAACUACACCAACUACGACAACUACACCAACUACGCCAACUACGACAACUACACCAACCACGACAAAUAUACGAACUACGACAACUACAACAACCACGACUACAGUUCCAACUACACAUAUUACACCAAGUACUGUGACCAUGCAAAAUGAGACAACACCGAGCCACUCCACAGCAAUGACUAUACCUCCCACGAGCACAUUAUCAUCAACGACUGUUAGAACUUCUACCCUUGUACAAAAUACUACCACCGCGGCGCCAACAGAAACCACAGCCUCCUGUAGUUUUACUCGUAGGUUGGACAUUGCUCCGUUAUUUAUCCUACUACUGGGUAUAAUUCGUUUUUAAUUUUCCUACAAAAAUUCUGCCACAUUGCGGUAACAAAAUCAAUUAAAAAGAAUAAAGAUUCAA